AUGUUGCCUACCUCGAAGGGCUACCUGACUCGCGCCGGAUAUUCCCCACAGCUAGCGGCAUACACCCUCAUAGCGCUGUUCUUCUCUGGUAUCAUCGUUAUAAAUAUCUUUUCCACCUUGCUGCACCGAUGGAUGCCCUCCCAUGUUGUCAGUUGCGGGCAUUCACAUUCACGUCCUCAUAAAGCCGAAGACAUCGAGCAAGCAGCGGAGACGGUGAAUAAUGCGCACCCUGAAACCACAGAGACCACUCCCCUACUACCACAUAGCCAUGGCGCUGCUAGGACUAGUGGCCCCGCCGCUCCUCGUCAGCAGCAUAACGGUGCAUUGCCCCAGCCGGACAUGGGAACACUGCACAAGCCAUCAGUUACAGCACAGCUCUCAGAGCAGAUAAACCGUAUAAUGGGCGGUUCUUCCAAGCCUUCAUGUGCAAACGGCAAAUGCUUUGGCGUCUCUCAAGCUUGCGGACUCGAGUGUAGGAAGCUCAGGAUACAGGUCGAAUCUGGAGAGAUCACCGACGUUACCGACGUUACCCAGCCCGCAGGUCAUGACAGAAAUGCCGCUCCUCAGUCAACCACUGCUGAAGAGGCUAACACUGGCCACCACACCGAACAUGCCGCUCUCGGUACAUCGUCUAGCACCGCGACCACCGCUUAUGCCCCUUCGCCUCCUUCCGAGCAACCCUCAGCACAUCAUCACCAUGUCCCGCAGAAUGCCUUCUUAUCCAUCGGUCUCCAAACUUCUCUCGCCAUAGCCUUGCACAAACUUCCAGAAGGAUUCAUCACGUACGCGACGAAUCACACUAACCCCACCCUCGGCUGGUCAGUUUUCGUCGCAAUAUCCAUUCACAAUAUUACAGAGGGAUUCGCCAUGUCUUUACCUCUCUACCUAGCACUCAAGUCACGGCUAAAAGCUAUCAUUUGGUCCAGUCUGCUAGGUGGUAUCAGUCAGCCUGCAGGGGCUGGAAUAGCUGCCCUCUGGAUUUGGGGUUCAUCUGGGACCGGUCGGCCUAUAAAUGAUGAACACCCUGAUGGACCUUCUGCAGCUGUAUAUGGGUGUAUGUUUGCCAUCACAGCUGGCGUUAUGACGAACGUAGGCCUGCAGCUCUUUACAGAAAGCAUGAUGCUCUCCCACAGGAGAGGGUUGUGCAUAGGUUUUGCCUUUGCAGGCAUGGGUAUUAUUGGUCUCAGUUUUGCAUUGACUGCUAAAUAA